AUGACCAUGUCGAAAGCGCAUUCGCCCCGAGACAAGAAUUCUUCUGAGGGCUCGGACGAACAAUGGAAGGUCGACACUCCCUUCGGCCCUCCUGAACUCCCUCAUUCGUUCUCCAGUGGCAGCAUCCGCCGAAUCCGCAACUCUCUCUCCAAGCUCUCUCCCUCUGCCCUCGCCGAGAAGGAUUUGCUGCGCAAGAAAAACCAAUACAAACAGCCCUUGACCCGACGGAACGUGAAUAGCCUGGUCACCGCGCAGGAAUGGCAAGAAGCAUGCCAGCCCAAUCAACGAACUUCCGAACUUCAAGUGACCGAAUGGCUUGAACACGUCAGAUCGAGCGACCUGCAUACUCCACCCAUUGGGAGCACAAGGUUCAACUAG